UGGCUGAAACACGCAGGUAGCUCACGGUAGCAACAACUCCUAUCAAAUUUACAUUUGUUUAUACAUACACGAAAAAUAUGUCCACAGCUGUCGGUCCCGAGGCCAGCAAUGUGGUCUGCCCCAACUGUCAUCAACAGGUAACGACGCGAACAGAUCCUACGGCGACCACCAAAACUCAUCUGAUUGCGCUUAUACUCUGUCUUUUAUGCUGCUGGCCUUGCGCCUGCUGCGUGUAUUGCACAAAGUGCGCUCGCAAUACGGAUCACUACUGCCCCUCGUGCAAUGCUCUAGUUGGCACCUACGAGCGCUAAGGAAGAUGGACAUGAUCUGAGGGCAUAUAAACUUAUUUUCAAAUUUAUCUUUUAC